GCGGUGCCUCGAUGCGUCUCUUGCGGGGAGGAUGGCUGCCACACACACGGUUCGGAGCCCCGAUCUUAUAGUCACGUAGUUUUAGCGUCCGCUGUCAUGUGUCAGCGGUUAGUUUGAGUGUGUUGACGCGUCCCUUCUUAGCGAGUAGUUGGCCCUCAUUGUGUGCAGCUAGUCCGCCUCUCUUCGCCGCUACAGGAGGAUGCUGAGGCUGUUCGGUGCCCUGGUUGUCAUCGGGCUGGUCAUGGCGUGCAUCGCCUCCUGGGUGCUGGACAGCUAUGACACGGCUUGGCAUCCCAAACGGAGCGUUCGGCAGCCAGCCGGCCGGGAUGGAGAUGACAGCAAGGGCAGCUCGCCACCAUUUCCAGGGGGGAAGCCGGACAAUAUCUUCUGGUUUGUGCAGGUGUCCGACAUCCACAUCAGCCGCUUCCGCGACCCGAGACGCAUCCCCGACUUUGAAAAGUUCUGCACCGACACCAUGGAGUUGAUAAAGCCCUCGGUCGUGCUUGUGACAGGGGAUCUGACAGACGCCAAGACGGAGAGCAAAGUGGGCUCGCUGCAGCACGAGGUGGAGUGGCAGGCCUACCACAACAUCCUCAAGAGGUCGCGCGUGAUGGAGCGCACGAGGUGGAUCGACAUCCGCGGCAAUCACGACGCCUUCAACAUAAUGUCACUGGACAGCGUCAACAACUAUUACCGAAAGUACUCGGCCAAUCAGAAGGUGGGCUCCUUCCAUUACGUCCACACGACUCCCUUCGGAAACUACUCCUUUGUGUGUGCGGAUGCCACCCUGAUGCCAGGGCCCAAGAGGCCGUACAAUUUCUUUGGUAUUCUCAAUCAGACUCAGAUGGACAAACUGGAGACAUUCAGAGCGGAGAGUCUAAAAAGCAACCAGUCCAUCUGGUUCGGACACUACACCACGUCCACCAUCGUUUCCCCGUCACCGGGCGUGCGGGAGAUGAUGAGGUCAGCCAUCGCCUAUCUGUGCGGUCACCUGCACACGCUGGGCGGCCUGAUGCCCAUCCUCCACAGUCGACAUCCCAGCGGCGCCUUGGAGCUGGAGCUUGGAGACUGGAUGGACAACCGCAAGUACAGGAUCCUGGCUUUUGACCACGACCUGCUGAGUUUCUCAGACCUGAGAUUUGAACAGUGGCCCGUGGUGCUCAUCACUAACCCCAAGGACCGGCAGUACUUGCAUCCAGGACUGGAACCUGUGGGCCGCAUACGGAGGUCCACACACAUCAGGAUUUUGGCUUUCUCAGAGGCGGCCAUCUUGACGGUGCAGGUUAGCGUGGACGGCGAGCCUUUAGGGACAGCACAGCCUGCUGGAGGCCCCCUCUACGUGCUGCCAUGGCAACCGUCACGCUACCUCACCGGGCUGCACACCAUCCGAGUUCAGGUGGAGGACUCACGGGGGCGGUCCAGCGUGCAGGAGCAGCACUUCUCCCUGGGCGACGACGACGUGACGCCCAGCUGCUUCGUCCAGUCCUUCAUCCUGCUGACGGACCACUACGUGGUGGGCCGGGUGGCCUUCGUGUUCACAAUGCUGCUUAGUGGCGUGCUGCUGUGCUUCAGGUUCAUGCGCACCUUGUCUGGCCGAGGACUGUCCUCUGCUGUGUGCACCUCACUACGGCUGGUCAGUAAAGUGGACAGCUUCUUCUACUCUCUGCUCCUCUUCAACCUGUGCACGGCCUUAGGGCCGUGGUUCAUCGGCGAGCUGAUCGACGGCCACAGCGGCGCCUGCUUCGCCUUCGGGAUGUUCAUCGACGGUCACUUCCUGGAGGGAAGCCUCACCUACGUCGUGGGAGUCGUUCAGCUGCUCUUCUUCAACAUGCCGCUCACCUUCUACCUGUGCUGGACCCUCCACCACCGUUGCCGCGGCAACACCUUCUGCUCCAUGCUGCUGCGGCCGGGCUGCCGCUGGCGGAGCGCAGGUGUGCACCUGCUCAUGCUGCUGCUGCUCACCUGGCAGGCCCACUCCUGCUACUUCCUGCUGGAGACCUACGGCCCCGUGGCCUUCUUCCUGUCGCCGGUGCGCAUGUGGGCGCUCGGAAUGGGCGUGCUGCUGGUCUACCGCGCCUGGACAUGCCCCGCCCCUUUCCUGGGCAGCAAGAGCAUGCCGCUGUCUUGACAGUAAGCCACACACACACUUUCUCUCUCCCGCCAUGUUUUAUACAGCGCAUGUUCAGUGUAAUGCUGCAGUGAGCACACGUGUACACCAGGGGUGUCCAAACCUUUUCCACACUGAAAAAUCCAUGCACGCGGUGGCCAUUUUGUUAUUUUUCAUUUUCCAAACCAAUACAAUUAUCGUUUUUUUUGUUGUUUUUUUACCUUUAGGGCUCCCCUGAAGUUUGGUGC